AUGACACAGAAAUCCAAUGAUCCUGGCAUUCUUCCAGAUUCCCACUGGACAAAUCUCGACCCUGUGGAAAUUGAAGAGGGUCCGGACAGCAAAGAAGAUGCAGAGUCGAUUCUCACGAGUACUGCUUCAAUAACAAGUAGUCUUCUGCGCUUCCGCAGUCUUCAUGGCCGGACCUUUCACUCUGAGCUUGGUAAUGCACAGGCCUGGGAGCCAAACGAUAGAAAGCAUAUCGAGUCAUUAGACCUCCUUGAUUUUGGUGAUCUUCACCCUGAUGUCGAGGUAAUUGGCACAGACAUUACACCUAUCCAACCAACCUGGGUUCCCCCAAAUGUCAGCUUCCAAAUCGACGAUGCAACCCGCGAGUGGACUUUUUCGGAAAACACAUUCGAUUUCAUUCACAUCCGGUUCCUGCUUGGAUGCGUCAUCGACUGGGAUGCUCUUUACCAGCAGGCCUUCCGUUGUCUCAAGCCUGGUGGCUGGAUUGAGCACCAGGAAGUUUCUGCACACUGGUAUUCUGAGAAGGGAAUCGACGAAGAUAGUCCGCUUGGUCAAUAUCCCAAGAUCUAUCGGGAAGCUGGGAACAGAAUGGGUCGUACCUUCAUGCUUUAUGAAGACGAAAUCCAAAAAAAAGGCAUGGAAGCCGCUGGGUUUACUGAUAUUCACGUCCGAGAUAUUAAGGUUCCAUUUGGCGACUGGCCAGAAGAUGAACACCAAAGAGAGAUCGGCCUUAUUACCAAGGCUGGAGCGAUGGCAGACCUUGACGGAUGGAUCAUUUAUGUAUUGAACGAGGUUCUCGGCUGGCAGCCUGAGGCGUCGCAAGUUUUCCUAGCCCACGUGCGAAGGCAGCUUAGAGAACCAGGAUUAAACCUCUACUGGAUGCGCCGUAUCGUAUAUGCUCGCAAGCCUGAAACUUCCUAA